AUGGGUAUAGCAAAGAAUUCUACUUUUAAUUCAGAUAUGAAAACUUGGACUAUUAAUGAAUAUGAGAUCUUGAAGGAAACUAUAUCAAAAUUUAUUCAACAUAUUCGAUUUUUUCAAAUGACACCUCAAGAAUACUAUUAUAAAGUCCGUCCUUUAGGUAAAUUGCUUCCUAAAGAAGUUGAAGAAGACCUCCUUUCAUAUUUUAUUGUUCCAAAUUGCAAAUUGGCCACAAAAGUUCUUCCACCUAGAAAAAUUCAGUAUAAAUUUGGUUCGUCCAUUCUUAAGGGAACCCAUUUUAAUCUUAUUUCAUACUGGAUUGAUAAUGGUCAAGAAGUAUUGCCAAAUCCACUUGAAGAUGGUCAAUAUGAAUUUAAUUUGCUUUUACGUGGAAGUAGAGAUGGAUUUGAACCAAAAGAUUUUCACUUAAAAUGCAAUAAUAAAGGAGCUACAAUUGUUAUAAUUAAAUUAAAAAAUUUGGAAAAAAUGAUUGGAGGAUAUAAUCCAAUAAAAUGGAAUGGAUCUAAUAGAUUUCUUAAUUCAGAUAAAAGUUUUAUCUUCUCAUUUUCAAAUAAUUUACAAUCAUCUAAAAUUAUAUUAAGUAGAGUUAAACAUGAUGACUCAGCAGUUUCAGAUGAUAAUGAUAGAAACCAAGGAUUUGGUCGUGGAGACUUAUAUAUAUUUAAACAAAGUUGUAAACUAGUAAAUUACUCUACUGAAAUUCAUGAUUCUGAAAAUUUUGAAAUUUAUGAUUAUGAAGUGUUUCAAAUUAUAAAAAAGUAA